CAUAUCACAUGCGAACCACUGCUUUACAACCCUAGUCGGCCUCGGGGGAGAGGGACAAAAGAAGCCGUACGAGGGAGGACGCCAUGAGCCAACCGGUCCAGAAGAACACUCUCUACGUAGGAGGGCUGGCGGAGGAGGUGAACGAGGCGAUCCUGCACUCGGCGUUCAUCCCGUUCGGGGAUAUCAAGGACGUGAAGACCCCCCUGGACCAGGCCACCCAGAAGCACCGCUCCUUCGGGUUCGUCACCUUCCUCGAGCGCGAGGACGCCGCCGCCGCAAUGGACAACAUGGACGGCGCCGAGCUCUACGGCCGCGUCCUCACCGUCAACUACGCCUUCCCCGAGCGCAUCAAGGGCGGCGAGCAGGGCUGGGCCGCCCAACCCAUUUGGGCGGAUGCUGAUACAUGGUUUGAGAGGCAGCAACAAGAGGAGGAAAUGCAGCGUCUGCAGGCAGAACAGCAAGCCGCCAUGAAAGCCGCAGAGGAGCUGCACAGGAAGAAGUUGGCUGAAGAGCGAGAAGGGGAGAAGGAAGAAGAAACAGAAACAAAGGCAGAUCCUAUGGCUGUGGCUGAAGCAGAGGCCUUGAAACAGCAGAACACUUGAACUAUCUAAAUUCACAUUGAAGAAGACCAUGUGGAAAGAUAAACUGCUAAGUGCUUUCUACUCAUUAGAAUGUACAAAAUCGAGACCCUUUUGUGUUUUCUUCCAGUGGGUUCUGUCAUUACCUACUGCACAUUGUCCUUACUUGCAUUUGUAACUUCCAUGAUGGUGGUUGUUUUGACAUAGAAAAGUGAAAUUGCUGAUUCUGCAGUUGACAUUCUGCAGAACUCUGCUUGUGUAACAUUGCUUAUAUUCGGUGACCCUGAUAAUGGUGUUUGGAACAUGGUGGGAAAAUAAUAGUAAAGCAAAGAAAAUUAAUUAUGAAAAAA